AUGGAGUUAUUCACCAAUGGCAACACCGUUAAGUUACGGAGCCAUCUAGAUAAGUAUUUAGUCGCAGAGAACGACCAAAAACACAUCCGCCAAAGCCGUAAAGGAGGAUACACACGGCUAUCCGUUUGGACGGUGGAGACCGUCGUCGGUAAACCGAACCUGAUCAGAUUAAAAAGCUGCCACGGCACGUACUUAACCGCGAGCAGUAAACCGUUACUGUUAGGUAUGACCGGUGAGAAAGUGACACAAACUGAGUCGUCUAACAACCCGAUGGAUAUGCAAACGCAUUGGGAACCGGAGGCAGAUGGGGUUUCCGUGAAGCUGAAAUCUUGGUGCGGAAAAUGGAUGAAAGCUAACGGUGGAUCGCCGCCGUGGAGAAACACCGUUACUCACGACGAGCCUCAAACGUCUAGAACCAAGAACUGGUUGCGUUGGGAUGUUAUUGCCGUUGAUGAUCUUGGAAACAUGACUGAUGGAUAUGAGAGUUCUGUUUCUUCUCCGGUUUCUCCAAGUCUCACCAGUUUGGGUUUUUGGUCCGCGCCCGGAUCGCCCGUUAAUGCGGCCAAGUCAAAGAAGGGUUUAGGUCGGUUCGCUUCUUUUGGUUUACGUUCAAUGCCUCCGAGGUGGACUCCAACAAAACUUAAGACGUUGAGCUUCAAGGAAAAGGAAACGGUAUCAGCGAUGGAGAUUUUUCAAAACGCAAAAGCUAUUCGAAUACGUAGCAGCCACAACAGGUUUCUAGCUGCCAAGGACGACGAAGUAACGGUGAAACAAAAGAAAAAGGGAUCAACAAAAAACACUCAAUGGACCAUCGAACCGGUUCGCGGUUCCAAUAACGUUAUCCGUCUCAAAAGCUGUUACGGAAAAUACUUAACCGCUAUAAACGAGCGGUUCUUGAUAGGAGCUAAGGGUAAGAAAGUGAUUCAGUUAAUGCCGAUUCAACUAGAUUCAUCUGUUGAGUGGGAGCCCGUGAGAGAAGGGUCUAAAAUAUUACUCAAGACGAGAAAUGGUAGAUACCUCCGAGCUAACACUGGACCUCCUCCGCUGAGAAAAUCCGUCACACACAAUAAACGUCAUUCGGCUACUCAGGAGUCGAUCUCGUGGGAGGUUGAUGUCGUUGAGAUCUUGAGGAACCCUCUAUUCAUGGAGGAGAUGGAGGUUACUCCGUCACCAAAGAAAUCACGGACUCCACCGCCACAUAGGAAGCCGUCUAAAUCUCCAUUGUCAGUUUCACAUACCAUGACUCCGUCUUUUGUCUCAGACAUAUCAGAUUCAUAUUAUGCUGAAUCUCCAUUGAAACCGGAUGGACGAACAAUCUAUUAUCGUAUUGCUAAUAAAAGACACGUGGAAGAAAAAUCAACCGGUGGACAUGUUUUCUCGUUUAAAGGAACAACUGUUGCAGAGCUGACUCAAAUACUACGAGAAGAAACGUGUUUGGAAGAUGUUGUGGUGUGCACUCGCAGUCCCUUAAAUGGCAAAUUGCUUCCCCUUCGUUUGCAACUUCCUCCUAACAACGAACCACUGCAUGUCGUUCUAGUACCCUCCCGUGGUAGACACUAG